AUGAGAAGGAAAGCGACAGCCAACAUAUUGCCUGAAUGCGUUAUUCACAAAAUCCUCUCUUACCUUAGAUAUGAAGAAGCAACGCAUAUGAGAAUUCUCUCCAAAACAUGGCUACAAGCCUGGUUAACUCAUCCCAAGUUGGAAUUCACCUUUGAUUUUCACAAAGGCAAUAUGAAAAUUGUGGACAAAGUCAUGGAGAGAUACAAGGACGGGAAAAUCCCUAUAGAAAAGUUUGAACUUACAAAAGUUUCAGAUUCUGUUUCUUAUGAAUGUGAAGCUUUCCCUCUGAUUGAAAAGUGGCUCGGUAUUGCACUUCAAAAUGGUGUAAAAGAUCUAGAGUUCACGUAUAUAAAUACUCAAUUCUCUGGUAGCUUAUGCUCCUUGCCUAUUUUCGCUCUCUUGGCAGCAAAAUCUUUAAGAGAAUUGGUUCUAUCGCGUUGUGAUCUGAUGCAUCACUCAUUAUCUGCUAGUCAUGUGGCGAACUGGGGCUCUUUGAGAAAGCUUUCUUUACGUCGUGUCGAUUUAGAGGACAACAUGCUACGGACACUAUUGACUAGUUGUCCUUUGAUUGUCACUUUCAUCCUUGAGUAUUGUUCUAGGUUGAAAAAGAUUGAGUUGCGGAAUCUUCAAAAGAUCAGGUCAGUUUCCAUUAAGAUAGAGAAAGACCAGCGUGUUAUACUCCAAGCACCAACUCUUGAACACUUUUCUUAUUCUAGUUAUUCUUUUAAAGGAUUAAAUAUUGUUGAAUGUAAGAAUCUGAAAUCUUUAGAGCUAUCAAGUUCGAGAAUAUCUGGAUUUCCCGAGCACCUUAUUUCUACAUCACAAUUCCUUGAGAGUUUGAUAUUAAAAGUUCGAAAUUCUAGAAGGUUAAGAGCAUUUAACAUUUGCGGGAGUCAAUCUCUAAAGCACUUGAAGAUUCAGGAUUCUUGGGGCAUAAUAAGGGAGAUAGAUGCUCCAAAUUUGUUUGGGGGGUUGAGGAAAUUUCUAUCAAACUCGGCCUCUUGUUCUCAAGUUACCAUUCGUUUUGACAAAGGCAUUGAGUUCAGUAGGAAAAAUUUGCAACUACAACAUAGAGUUAUUGCCCCCCAAGUGGACGUUUUAGAUUUAGAUAUAGAUUCACCAGGGAAGUGCCCAACAAUUGUGGACGCUUUGCUGUGGAGUUGUCAUCCUAGGAGACUCGACCUGCAAUCAACAAGUGAAAUGAUUACAUGUUUCAUUGAUCGAUUAACGUAUAUGAAGAAUUCGAGCCAUUCUACUUCUCAUGGAAGCAAUCUUGGGCUUAGUCAAUUAAAAGAAGUAAAAGCCUACACUCGGAACAAUCAGCCUGUGGAGCUCGGAAAUGGGGAGCUGGCAAAAGGGGAAAUCGUUGGGGAUAGAUUAUAUUCUUUUUUUACAUCUAGUACUGAUAAUUGUGCUGAAGUUGAACCAUAA